ACCAUGAUACGUCACAGCCGCACAAAAUCCAAUUUUUAUAUAAAAUAUAUAUCUGCAAUAAGCGGUAUUCCGUACCGACAUUUUCAUAGUUAGCGAGAACCGAGAUAAUUUAACAUCCUGCACCUUCUGCGGCGGUUCGGAUCCGGUUUUAAAUAAAUAUAAAUAAAAAAAAUUUACCGGUACUGGAUGGUGCUUUAACUUUGACAAUGGAGGUUCACGUUUCAUGUUCUUUAACAAUUUUGUUUGAGGUUGUUUCUGUGUUUGUUAAUUUUGAAGCGACGGGACAAGUGCAAGAAGGCCUACCAUGCGAUGUAAAUGGCAUAAGAGGUGAAUGUAUCAGCAUUUACGAUUGCGAGGUGAUAAGCCGGGAGCUUUCUAGGCCAGGUAUUACGCAAGAAACUAGAAAUUUUGUAAAGAGUUUGGCAUGCGGUUUUGCCAAUAACAGGUAUUAUGUUUGCUGUCCAAGCAAUCAACAACAGAGAGGAUUUUCCCCAGUUCCAGAUGAAACUACACCUCAAACUAAUGGUGGAGACAGAGAAGAAUUAUACAGAAGAAAAUUUUUGGUGGCUCCCCAAUGUGGAGUAACGAAUGUCUCUCUGCCUAGAGUUGUUGGAGGGGUACCAACAAAAUUAGGGGACUUCCCUUGGCUGGCUGCCCUGGGCUAUCAAAACAAAGAUAACCCAUCCGUACCAAAAUGGUUGUGCGGAGGAACAUUGAUAACCUACCGGCAUGUUCUGACAGCUGCACAUUGCUUAAGAAAUGACUUAUAUAUAGUACGAUUAGGAGAAUUUAACUUAUAUUCGGAUAAUGAUGGCGCAUCCCCAAUAGAUGUGAACAUAGCAAAUAUAAAGAAACAUGAAGGAUACAGCAAGGCAAGAGCCUCAAAUGACAUUGCUAUACUGACUUUAAAGCGAAACGUUGAAGGCUUUCCCAGAGUUUUGCCAAUAUGUUUACCAUGGGAGUCAGAAUUGAGGACAAAAUCACUUAUUAAUUACUAUUUGUAUGUAAUUGGAUGGGGUAAAGUCCAAUUCCAGGGGCCUUCCAGUGAUAUACCACUAAUAGCUUCUAUUAAAGAACUCCCUACUGAUCUUUGUUCAAAAGCUUACGCGUCACAGGCCGAUAUUGACGACCGCAUUAUGUGCGUUGGCGACUUAAAAUACCAAAAAGAUGCUUGUUCUGGUGAUUCUGGAGGUCCUUUGAUGUUUGGUAAAACCACACCUAAACAGAAAUAUCUUACAUUCUACCAGGUUGCAGUUGUUUCUUAUGGCCAUAAAUGUGCGGAACCAGGAUAUCCCGGAGUAUACACAAGAGUAACGGCAUUCCUUGACUGGAUAGCUAAUAAUUUAGAUUAAAAAUUCUAUUGCUUUUAUCUUUCCAGAAAACAUCAGUAUUUUUAAGACUUUUCAUAUCGUAUCAUAGUUUGAUAGCUAUGUGCAAAAAUAUAUUCAUUUUUUUGUAAA